AUGCUGGUGACAGAAUUACCUCUCGAAAUUACUAUCUUAAUUGCAAGCUAUCUUAAACUCAAGGAUAGAUUUCAGUGCUGUCUCGUGUGCAAGAAUUGGGCUUGGGCGUUUCAGAAAUCUCUUUUUGAAAAGAUCGUUCUUAAUAACAAAGUUUACGCCGACAAGCUAAUCAGCCCAGCAAGUCAAGCAAUACACCGGCUUCGAUUAUAUCGCCACACUACUCGAAAGCUCGUAAUCGGUGGAAACGUUCUCCUGGACAAUCAGACGCUUUACGUUCUUCAGAAGAUCUUUCCAAACUUACAUAGUUUCUUUUGGAAUAAUUCUCGACAUAGGCUAUCUUCUCAAAAAACUGAUUUUUAUGGGUGGAAUCUGUGGUCAAAAACUCUUACAAGUCUUGAAGUAACCUUGGCAGCACAUAAUGAAGAUAUAUAUACCAAGAUGCUUGAUACAAUUCGCUCAAAGUUAUGUCGUCUCAAACGAUUAUAUUUCUCCCAUAAAAGUUCAAAGAAGUUCGAAUUCACGUUUGAUGAUUUUGAACUCCUUAAUGACCAACUACCCGAAUUGACGCACAUGACGCUUAAGGUUGAAUUUAAGGAAAUGAGCUUCAAUGAAUUAUCGAAAGUUAAAGAAGUGAAACCGAGACCAUGUCUUAAAACCCUACAAAUUCAUAUCACAAAAUCUACGUAUGAAUGGAUGUAUUACAUUGCUGUCAAGUAUCCAAACGUCAGUACUAUUGGUCGACUUUAUUUUGGUCGAACCUUAAGUCCAAAUCUGCCAACUUAUAAGACGCCAACACGGCUUGCCGAACUUCCACGUCCCUUGCAACAGUUGGAGAGAAUACAUAUGGUAGUUUAUAGCCACGCUGUAUACAUAUAUCAUGUUUUUGUAAAACAACUUCGUGGCCUCAAUAUCCAAGUCAAGAAUAUCUGGAUAGAUGUCAAUUGUAGCCUUAAUUUCGACAACACAUCAGGAAUCUAUGUGCAGCUUGCAGCACAGCCAUGGGCAAAUACAUUGGAAGAAAUCUCAAUUUUAUACAAUACACACUACUCAGGCCAUUUACGUUCUUUCUACUUUUUCCAUUAUGAUGACUAUUAUCCUCGGCUAGUUCAUCUUGAUAUCGAGGCCUUUGGAGCUAUCAUCAUAAUAAAUCAUGUCUUGGAAAAUCGUCCAUCGUUAAAGACCAUUAAAGUUACUUGUAAUUUACUCAGCUAUGAGCCAGACUUAUCUACCCCUUCAAUUAAGCACGGAUUGCGGCAUUUAGCACUUCUGAGCACGGAUGUUUAUACCAACACACUCACCUAUAUUUCUACUUACUGUAACGAUCUGAAAAACAUGACUCUAGAUCGCGUAAAGAUACUAGAAUCACAAAAUAUUAUAAAUUCUCCUCAUUGUAUCGAUAUGUCAUCGACCCACUUUAAAAGGCUUCGUAUUAAACAUAUUGAAUUUAUUAAACAGAAUAAAGGUAAUAUCAGCGUGUUUCUUUUUCCUUCGUCAGAGGAGAUGAAAGAGAAAACAAGAUAUCGUCGCAAAAUUCCUACAGAAAACGUGUGGGCUUGCUUCCAAGGCUUGGACUCGUAUCGUAAAGGAUUAAGUUUCGAAGUACAGAAGAAAGGUGAAGAAGCAGAGAAGAUUGAAGAAUAUUUCCGUGCUUUCUCCUAUAUGCCUCGCCGUUCAGAUACCCUGUAUGAGCCUUUGGAACUCGUGCACCGACUUUUACUAGGAAGCUGGGCAAGUUUUCUUCCUGAUGGUUAUGUUAUUUUUAAAUACAGUUCUGUAGAAGAUCUUGUUAUUGGCCCCUAA